CUGUUCACGCUAGUAUCGGCUUCUAACGCAUUGCGGACGGUUGUUUACGUUACGUUGCGAAAGAUAUUAUUGUUAUGGCCGCCGGGUUUGUAGGAUCAACCAAGAGUUUUCCGUUUUCCUUCGACAUGGAUAUUGAGGAAGAGGAGCCGGGAAGGAACACUCCACAUCUCAACAAGAGAAUAGGUAGCGAGUCUCCUACAAGUGCAGUGGGGGCGGAGGCGCCCCGGGAGCUCCCCAACGAGCUGUCAGCGCCCUACGAGGUUCCCCAGUUCCCCAUAGAGCAGAUCGAGAAGAAGCUACUCAUACAAAGACAGCUCAAUGUCAAGGCAGCAGAAUGCGGGCAGUCCACGCGCUCGUUCGCCGGCAGCGAAGCGGGCGGAGUUGCGGGGGUGUUCGACGAGACAUCCAGACUGCGCGUCGACGACGACGACUUCGAGGUCAUCCUGCCGCACUUCCAACGCGUGGCCAUCAGCGGGGAAGACACCUCUGGAGUCCCACUGGAAGACCUUCAGCAGGCGUCGUCGUACCUGGUGCAGGCGUUGGAGAUCCGCAAGCGUUACAUGGACAUGUCGCAGCAGAGCUUCGCCACCAUCACCACGCGCUUCCUACGCAGCAUGGACGCGGACGCGCCUCCCAACCACACGCCCGGCAUUAAAGUGCCCAAGAGCCAUAUUGCUGAUCACAUAGUCCACCCUCCAUUCAAAGACAAGGACCCAUGGGAGUGUCCGAUGCCCGAAGCGAAGGGCUACAUCAUCAAGUCCGACCGAGGCGUGUUCAACUUGUACCGGAAAACGGAGAAGGGCGAGGAAAGGGUUCCAUACGAAUAUGUAGACCUUACGCAAUACAUCCAGGACAUGAAUGUUAUGUGCACUAUGAUUGCGGAUGGGCCACUCAAAUCGUUCUGCUACCGAAGAUUGUCGUACCUGUCGUCCAAGUUCCAGCUGCACGUGCUACUUAACGAGCUUCGGGAGCUCGCCUCACAGAAGGCCGUACCUCAUCGUGACUUCUAUAAUAUACGAAAAGUGGACACACACAUUCACGCAGCUUCAUGUAUGAAUCAAAAGCAUUUGCUUCGUUUUAUCAAGAAGACAUUAAAAAAUCAUGCAGAUGAAGUGGUGACAUUGCACAAGGGCACUCCAAUGACACUAAAAGCGGUGUUCCAGUCCAUGAACCUCAGUACUUAUGACCUCACAGUCGAUAUGCUAGACGUGCAUGCGGAUCGUAACACGUUCCAUCGCUUUGACAAGUUCAAUGCGAAAUACAACCCCAUCGGGGAGAGUCGUUUGCGCGAGGUGUUCCUCAAGACUGACAACUAUAUGAACGGGAAAUACUUCGCCAGGAUCAUUAAGGAAGUGGCAUCAGAUUUAGAAGAGAGCAAAUAUCAGAAUGCAGAACUAAGGCUGUCAAUUUAUGGCAAGAGUCCGGGAGAGUGGGCGAAGUUGGCUAAAUGGGCAAUACAGUACGACGUGCACUCUAACAACGUACGCUGGUUACUGCAGAUCCCGCGUCUAUACGAUAUUUUCAAGUCUAACAAGAUCAUGAACAACUUCCAAGAAUUCCUCAGCAACAUCUUCCAGCCGCUGUUCGAAGUCACCAACGAUCCAAAUAGUAAUCUUGAGCUCCACAAAUUCUUAACGCAUGUAAUCGGCUUCGACAGUGUAGAUGACGAAUCUAAGCCCGAGAACCCGAUGUUAGACGCGGAUGUGCGCAUCCCAGCUGAUUGGAAUGAUGAAGAGAACCCUCCCUACGCCUACUACCUCUAUUACAUGUUUGCCAACAUCACGGUACUCAAUCACUUCCGCAAAGAGCAAGGUCUAAACACGUUUGUGCUGCGGCCUCACUGCGGAGAGGCAGGGCCGGUGCAGCAUCUCGUGUGUGGGUUUAUGCUCGCUGAAAAUAUUUCCCACGGACUGCUUCUGAGAAAGGUGCCAGUUCUGCAGUAUUUGUACUACCUGGCCCAGAUCUCCAUUGCGAUGUCUCCUCUCAGUAACAACUCCCUCUUCCUCAACUACCACCGCAACCCUCUGCCAGAGUUCCUCGCGCGCGGCCUCUGCAUCACUCUCAGUACUGACGACCCUCUACAGUUCCACUUCACCAAGGAACCUCUGAUGGAGGAGUACAGCAUCGCGGCGCAGGUGUGGAAGCUGAGCUCAUGUGACAUGUGCGAGCUAGCGCGCAACUCCGUGCUUAUGUCCGGCUUCCCGCAUGAGAUGAAGCAGUACUGGCUGGGUCCGUACUACCAGAAGGAGGGCGUGGCGGGCAACGACAUCACGCGCACCAACGUGCCCGACAUCCGCAUCUCCUUCCGCUACGAGACGCUGCUCGACGAGCUCACCAACAUAUUCAAGGAAGGAAUGUCGACACCACGAUAGACGCAUCAACACGAGAGCAAAGGAUGCGAACAAUUCGAUGCUAACGUUGUGAACUAAAAUGUAAUCCUAACUUAUAUAAUUAUAUUUAACAUUUGUUGUUUUCAAAGCACCUUGUAAGGUUGCCCCAAUUAUGAUAAGGAUGGGAGCCCCUUUCUUAAAGAAAUAUGCUGUAAAUAUCUUAGAGUAUUAACAUUUAGGUAAGUAGGUACAGUUUUUUAGAAUUGAUUGAAGUUGAAACUUUGCAACCUUAACAUAUUUUAGUUUAGAGAUUUUGAACACCCGAAUUAGCAUCACUAAUUUAAGAAACUAAAUUUCGUUUUUUUUACAAUAAAUUUUUAUAUCCAUUUUGAGUGAUCGCUACUCACUAAUCAGUAAAAAACGCUUUAUUUUUACAACGUAACUAUGCUAUGUUAAGAAAGGGGCUUUACAAUAUAAUAUUUUAAGAUUUCCGUCAAUGUGAUAAUUCGGACUGUAAGAUUGAAAGUGCCAUUUUGCGGUAGUUAGUGUUCCCUGCUAUGGCGCCUAGGUUACCUAGGUAGGACUUAGGUAUAGAUGACUGACAAUAUUUUCUCACCAAGAUCUGCCUUUAAAGCAUGUAGUUUUUCCUCUAAUAAGAACUCCAUAACAUACAUUUUAAGAAUUUCUUAUAUGCAAUAUCACUAAUUGUCUGUGCUCGUAUAGUAUUAUAGACGUUCACAGACAAGCAUUUAACUUAAUUAAGAAGUUCUUAUAAUGUAAAGAAGUCAUAAGUUCCAUCAUGUUAUUUCUAGCAUCCCUGAAGAUGUUUGUAAUUAUCUAAUACCUAUCUCGCUAAAACACAAAAUGUCAUGUGAAGGUGCAAACACAUAACCUAGCCUAGCUGGUGCUGUGCAAGUUUAUUUCGUGUCGUAAUGGUUAUUUUAGUUGUACAAUACGGACACAAAAAAAUAAGAAUCGAACUAUUAUACUUAAUCAAACGAGAUGUUACUUCUUUCUCUUUAGGUAACAGUUAAAGCCUUUUCUUAGGGUCCAAGUUACAGCUAUAUCGCAUAACCAUGAUACGACAUAGGCGUUCAGAGAGCUAAAGAUCUGGACACUCUCUAAUUGGUGUAGUUAUGUGUGUAUCGUCGCGCGAGAUUGUGUUGUAACUUAAUGCAACACAGCACAACAGGGUAAUGUGUUUGCGUCUUUAAAACAUUUGAACUAAUCACUUUCAGGCUGCUAAUUUCAACCUUUUUAUAGAUUCAGUUAUAAUGAUCAUUGUAGUUCACGUACUUUUAACUGAGUAGGUACCAUAGCGUAGAAUUAACCAUAGGCAAGUACUACAUAUUUUAUGUGAAAAUCUAAUGAAUCUUUGCUUACGGAUCUAAUUUUUUUAAUUUUUUGUACGUUUAUUAUUAAUACCUCCAUAAGGUAAGCUAAGUAAACUAUGUUUGACAUUUAGGUGAUACAUGGGUGAUACUCACCGUCAUUUUGUUUAAUAACGUACCAAUUACGUACCAGUUACGUACGUAACCUAAGUAAAUGACGAUCAUUCUCAAACAUUGAGUUUGUGUAAAUAAGAUUAUUUUGAUAAAACGUUAUUUGAAAUUUAUCAAUGUUUUCAUUUGUUGUUAUGGAUUUAUAUUUUAUAAUAUUCCAUUUUUUUGUGAUAAAUACUUACGUACUUAUUUACUGAACUCUACUCAGAUACACGAUAACCUUAUUUUUUUUAUCCAUAAUAAUUUAGACCCGAUGUUCUCUACUAAUUUGAAUACAUAAUAUCUACUGGGUAGAUAAUAAUUUUGUUUAUCUCUUAAGACCAACUUUACCAAACCUGACAAAAAUAACCAUGUAAAUGUUAUAAAUAUAAGAUUAUUGCAUUUCAAAUUGACACUAUACAAAGUAUAUGUAUAAGAAUUUGUCGAUGUAUCAAUUAUAUACUUUUACACUAUGUAUAAUAGGUAUACAUAUAAAAUGAUUACGUAAUAGAAGAGUGAAUAUUAUCAUGUUGUUGGAAAUAAAUUUUCUCAUUUGAA